AUGAAAAAAAAACUUGAUUCUUAAAUAUAAGCUCUUGUUUAAUCAGGAAUCAAUGAACACAUUCGUUCAAUAUUUGUAAUGAUUGGAGAUAGAAGCAAAUAUUAAGUUGCAACAAUGCAUUAAUUGUUAAGUAAACUGAGUAUGAUAUAAAAACCAAAAGUAUUAUGGUGUUACAAGAAAGUAUGUUUACUAUAAUAAAAUAAAGGAUUUAGGAUUUACAACUCAUAAAAAGAAGAGAGAAACAGAAAUCAAAAAUUAAUAAAUGAAAGAGGAAACUUAAUUGAAUGAACCUUUUAAUUUAUUUUUGUCUUCAAAUGAAAUUAGAUAUUGUUAUUAUGCAGAAACAUAAAAGGUCUUGGGAAAUACAUAUAAUAUGUUAAUUUUAUAAGAUUUUGAAGCAUUAACACCAAAUAUACUUUGUAGAACUGUUGAAACUAUAGCAGGAGGAGGAAUAAUCAUAUUCUUAAUUAAAACAAUGUCUUCAUUAAAAUAAUUGUAUUCUCUAACUAUGGAUGUUCAUUCCAGAUUGAGAACUCCUAGCUUUAAAGAAAUAUAACCAAGAUUCAAUGAGCGUUUUAUAAUCAGUUUGAGUAGAUGUUAAAGAUGUCUCUUUGUUGAUGAUGAAUUGAAUCUUUUACCAGUUUCUUCAACUGCUCUAGAGAAAAUUGAGUAAGGGACUCCUAUCAAUAAUAAUUAAGUAUCUGAUUUUGCUUAAACUGUUCCAAAUGAAAUAGCUUAAAGAUUAAUUAAAAAUUGUAAGACAUUAGAUUAAGCUAAAAUAAUCUUAGGAUUGAUUGAUUCUUUACAAGAAAAGGUUUUUAGAUACACAAUUUCUAUUAGUGCAGCAAGAGGUAGAGGUAAAUCUGCUGCUAUAGGAAUGGCUGCUGCUGCUGCUCUUAAAUUAGGAUUUAGUAAUAUAUUUGUAACUGCACCUUCCCCAGAAAAUUUAGUUACUUUCUUUGAAUUUCUUAUUUCAAGUUUAGAAAUUUUAGAUUUUAGAUAAAAUUAACACUUUGAUGUUAUUUAAUCAACUAAUCCUGAUUUUAAUAAUGCAGUAAUCAGAGUUAAUGCAUAUAAAACACAUAGACAGUUUGUAUAAUAUAUCCAACCAUAAGAUUUUGUAAAAGUAGCUAACAAUGCUGAUUUAGUAUUUUGUGAUGAAGCAGCUGCAAUUCCAAUAUAAUUUGUAAAAUCCAUGUUCGGAAGUCAUACUCUAGUGCUUUCAAGUACAAUCAACGGAUAUGAAGGAACAGGUAGAUCACUAUCAUUAAAAUUGUUAUAAAAAUUAAGAGAAAACAAACCCACAGGACAAGCAAGAUUAUUAAAAGAAUUAUAAAUGAAUGACCCUAUAAGAUAUAGUAAUAAAGAUAUAGUUGAGAAAUGGUUAUAUGAAUUGUUAUUAUUAGAUGCAAGUGAAGCACCUAAGUUAUAAAAAGGAUUACCACAUCCAAAUGAUUGCGAAUUAUAUUUAUGCAAUAGAGAUACUUUAUUUUCAUCAUAGAAAACAAGUGAAAAGUUUCUAUUUAAUUUAAUGUCACUGUUUAUUUCUUCGCAUUACAAGAACUCCCCUAAUGAUUUAUAAUUAUUAUCAGAUGCACCAGCUCAUGCAGUAUUUGUAUUAUUGGGUCCAUUGCCAACUGAUAAAACAAUGCCAGAUAUUCUAUGUGCAGUAUAAGUAUGUUUCGAAGGAGCAAUUCCUAAGGACUUAGUAGAUUAAGUUACAAAUUAAUAAAAACCUUCAGGAGAUUUAAUACCUUGGACUCUAAGUAAAUAUUAUUUGGAUAAUUAAUUUCCAUAAUAUUCAGGUGUUAGAGUAAUUAGAAUUGCAACACAUCCAAAUGCACAGAAAAUGGGAUAUGGAAGCAAGGCUAUGGAAUUAUUAAAUAGAUUUUGUAAAGGUGAAAUAUUGGAUCAUUCAGCAUAAUUAAUACAUAUAGAUUUUAGAGAAUAAGUAAAUAUUGAUGAUGAUAAAGACAAUUCAAUUUAACCUAAAAAGAAACUACCUCCUCUUUUAAAAAAGUUAAGUGAAGUUUAUCCACCUUAAAUUGAUUAUUUAGGAGUAUCUUUUGGAUUAACAUAAGAAUUAUAUAAAUUUUGGAGUAAAAAUGAAUUUUCUCCAGCUUAUUUAAGUUUGAGAAAGAAUGAUACUACUGGAGAAUAUACAUGUAUAGUUUUAAGAUCAGUAAAGGAGGAUGGAUCUGGAAUUGAUAAUUUAUGCAAGGCGUUUAGUUUAGAUUUUAGAAAUAGAUUCAUGAAUUUAUUAGGUUAUGAUUUUAAAGAUUUAGAACCAUAUCUUUGCAUUGACAUUUUGAAAGCUAAUGUAACAACAAGUAAUAUAGAUGAAGAUAUCGAAAUUGCAAAAGAUGAUAAUAUUAUUACAAAAGAAGAACUUCGUUAAUAGUUAAGUUUAAGCGAUUAUGCUAGACUUGAAAAUUAUUGUAAAAGUAUGGCAGACUUUUAUUUAAUACUUGAUAUCUUGCCAACUAUUUGCAAGUAUUUAUGUUUUUGUAUUUAUAUAAUAGAAUAUUCUUUGCCUAAAAGUGUGGUAAAGCAAUAAGAAUGAGUAGAACCUAAGCAGCCUUAUUAUUAGCUAUGGGAUUAUAAUUUAAAAACAUUGAAAUAGCUAGUGACUAGUUAGAUAAUGCAGUCAAUUAAUCAUUACCAUUAUUCAAUAAAGCUAUGAGGAAAAUGAGAAAUUUUAUUAAAAUGGUUUUAGAUGAAGAAUAAUAAUAAUAGUAAAAAACUAAACCAAAACAAUCAUAAUAAUCAUCAACUAAAUAAACAGUUAUACAAUAAAAAAGAGGAAAAGUUAAUUAUUAAAUAGAUGGAUAAAUAGAUUAAGAAGAUAUUUAAUAAGAUCUUAAGACUGGUGAUGUUGUCACUUUAGGAAGAUCAAAAGAUUCAGCUUAUAUAAAUUAUAAAAAGAAAGUAAAAUUAGAUUGA